AUGGUUUCCCGGUUAUAUGCUCAGAAGUACCCCCUGGUGUUGCUCUGCACGCUGGCUGCCCUGUCUUGGACUUGGGGCCCGGUAACAGCGGGUAGGAGUUGCUCGGAGACACGGCAUGUGUACGCAGAGAAGGGCUACAGUACGAACACUGCCCCGCUGACUCAAAUCUCCGGCGAGCAUCUGCGUCUGUGUCCCCAGGACUACACCUGCUGCUCCAGUCAGAUGGAGGAAACGCUGGCCCACCAGAGUGAGACGGACUUCCUGUCGGCCAUCGACGACACCAGCCAGUUCCUUCACACCACUUUCACACAGAGGCACCGCAAGUUUGACGAGUUCUUCAGGGAGCUCAUAGACUUGUCUGAAAAGUCCAUGAAUCAGAUGUUUACUAAGACCUACGGGCGCCUCUUCACCCAGAACGCCAAUGUCUUCCAGGAGCUGUUUGUGGAGCUCCGUCGAUACUACUCAGGGGGCAGUGUGAGCCUGACGGAGGUGCUGUCAGAGUUCUGGUCCAGACUGGUAGAGCGGGUCUUCUCUCUGGUCAACCCCCAGUAUCAGUUCAGUGACGAGUACCUGGAGUGUGUCAACAAACAUGCAGAGCAGCUGCAGCCCUUUGGGGACCUGCCCCGGAAACUAGGCUUACAGGUGUCCAGGGCAUUCAUUGCAGCCAGAGCACUGGUUCAAGGCUUGGCCACAGGCCGUGACAUUGUCAACAAGGCAGCAAAGUUGAGUGCUGGUGCAGGGUGUGUGCGUGCCCUGAUGCGUCAGUGGUACUGCCCAUUGUGUCGAGGCAUGCCCUCCCUGCGCCCCUGCCAUGCCCUCUGCCUCAACGUGAUGAAGGGCUGCCUGGCCAAUACAGCCGAUCUGGACACUGAGUGGAACAAUUUCAUUGAUGCUCUGUAUCAAGUAUCUGAGAAGCUGGAGGGGCCCUUUAACAUGGAGCUGGCUGCAGACUCCAUCUCUGUUAAAGUGUCCGAGGCCAUCAUGCACAUGCAGGAGAACAGCAUCGCCACCUCCACUAAGGUGUUCCAGGGCUGUGGGAGUCCCAGACUGGCCCCGGGCCGUUCUCGGCGCUCCCCCAAGGAGUCAGGGGGCAACAGGAGACCCUUCCGUACGUUCAGCCCUGAGGAGAAGCCCACCACUGCUACAGGCACCAACCUGGACCGACUGGUGUCAGAGCUGAAGGAGCGACUGCGGCCCAUGCGGGGCUUCUGGGUGUCCCUCCCACACACCAUCUGCAAUGACAAGAACGUGGCCGCCGAUGUCACCAACGAGGACCGCUGCUGGAAUGGACAGACCAGGGGGAGGUACCUCCCUGACGUGACAGGCGAUGGGCUGAUGAGUCAGAUCAAUAAUCCAGAGGUAGAGGUGGACAUGGCCAGGCCAGACGUGAGGACCAGACAGCUCAUCAUGGAGCUCAGAGUAGCCACCAACAGACUGAAACAUGCACAGGCUGGACAGGACACUGACUUCAUGGACAGUGAGGUCGAAGAGGGCAGUGGAUCAGGCGGUGGAGGGGAGAGGUACAGUGAUGAUUGGCCUGGCUACAGGCCCUACUCCCCUCCCUACAGUAAGCCCCCACUUAACCCCCAGACACCCAUCAAGCCCCCUCGGGUCAGAGACCGAACCGGAUCAAAGUGGAACAGGAGCAAGGGACAGUCCAUCUCAGCUGUCAGCCGGCCAGCCUUCUUCUCACUGGCGGUUUUGUUUUGGUUAUCAGUUAUGGUCACUGUCGCCCCCUUUUGGAGAUAACCAGUUACUACAGCCUGAAGCUCAGGGUUGUGUUCAUUAUGGCAGCUCAUGAAAAAAACUUUUUGAAACACAAAAUGAAAAUAAGCAUUUCUUAAUGGAUAAAUCCAGGCAAUCACACCUUGUUUCAGGCAGUUUCUUCUGUUUGAUGCCUAUUGAAUACGACCCAGCUGAGGUUGGGUUGAGGAGGGAUGUAAGUGUGCCUAUUAUAAUCAUCAGCACAAUGACAAAUACGUUUGCUUAUUCUAGAGGAGAAAGAGAGGAGUUGAAUCUAAAAUGUGCAUGAAUCCAGCACAAUAUAAUCUCCUUGUGGAAAAUGUAUUCAAGCACAAGGGAAAUUACAUUUCCUAUGAUUGGCUAUCCCAAUGGUUCCCAAACUGUGGGGUGCAAGUUGCAGAUCAACUAACCCAGGGCUGCCCAACCCUCUUCCUGGAGAUCUAUUGUCCUGUAGGUUUCCAGUCCAACCCUAAUUUUGAGUAUCUGAUUAAGCUAGUUAAGGUCUUGUUGAGCAGCUAAUUAGUAGAAUCAGGUGUGUUAAAUUAGGGUUGGACUGAAAACCCACAGGAGGGUAGAUCUCAAGGAAGAGGGUUGAGCAGCCCUGAACUAACCCAUGUCAGCUAAUGUUUUUUUUUAGCCCAUUGAAUUUGUCAUAAUGUUUGAGUCCCUCAGGUAUUACAUGAACAAAAUGUCUAGAAUUGCAGGUAAUUAGCUUUAAAACUGCAACGUUUUCUCUCCAACCUGUGGAACAAUGUGUAGAAUAACAGGAAAUUACCUUUAAAAUAGCAAAAAAUGUUCUUUGCCAACUAGAGGGGUGUGAACAGUUUGUGUCAUGGACAGUGCUUGUGCCCAUAGAAAUAGACACAAGCACUGUCCACUCAUACAAAUAAAUGUUAAAGCCUCCACAUACUUUAGUCAGAUGAGGAAGGUAUAACUUGUAGUGAAAGAAAAGAUAAACGGUAAGGUCAGGGUCUUAUUAGGAAUGUGCUUCGAGCAUGCCACCAUUUUGUGGAGCCUGCCCUGAAGUGAUUUCUAAUUUAUUCAGUUCAUUUGUAUUUUUGUAUUUAUUGAUAUAAGUGUUGUUUUAUGUUGAUGCAGGAAUUGAUUGGAAGUGUUAGGGGCAGUAUUUCCCCCAAGUCCUGGAGGUCCCCUAUGUCUGCUGGUUUCUAUGGAAUGUGCAUCUCAGAUGACAACCUCCUUGUAACAUUGGCAUGUUGUGAAGUUAAUGUCCAUUUCAUUGUUCAUCAAUUGCCAGUUCAUUGUGGAAUCGGUUGCUUAUCACAAGCUUAGGUCUCCUUCAAAACAGACAAACUGAUGUGUAAACAACACUAAAAGCAAGUCAAUGUUUAUUUUUUAUUUUUUAUGGGAGCAGUGCAUUAAGGAGAGGAUUAUGUUGCACUGUCUGUCAGAAAGCUUACAAUAACAUGUCCUUGAAACAAUUGAAAAAGUAGAAUAGCAUUUUUACUGAAUCAUUUCUCCUCACCACACCGCUGGACAAGCAUUUCAUGCGUCUUUGUUUGAAGGUGGGAUAUUAACCAGGGAUAUUUGAGAACCACUGGACUAGCCUUCGUCCAAAUUUUCCCUUGAGGUCUUCUGUGGAGAGAUCUGAGACUCAUGAUCGGUUGGAGAAGCGUGUGUGUGUGUGGUUUUGUAUUGUUUGAGUAAGGCUUAGGUUUAAAAAAAAAAAGGAAUGGGGUGUUGACAGAUGUUACAAAAUGGUGCUCUUAGUCUUUAAACUUUUGUAUGAACUUUUCUAAAAAUCAACAAAAUCCCAAUGGCCGCUUGGUUGAAUGAGCUAUGAGUGUUAAAGAAAUGUGUGAUUGAUGAAAGUGUAUAAUGGAGGUGUGGUGAGUGUCUUAACCCUAAAGAAAAGCCACUUUAAAUGGACCUCAGACAAUUCUUUCCUAAAUGUCUCAUUUACUAACACAACAGCGAUGGUUGAGAGAAAGUGAAUGUUUCACUGGGAACGUCAAUAAAAACUGAUUUGACACAA